AUGCGUGAUCUCUCAUCCAUACUACCUCUAGUGGAAACAGCCGGACCCUUCAACGAAGUCCCUGAAGAAUAUGACCCCCAUGACUCGCUUCUAUCCCUUGCUACCACCAAGAUCCUCGUCAUUGGUGCAGGUGGAUUGGGGUGUGAAAUCCUCAAAAACUUGGCCUUGACGGGAUUCAAGGACAUUCAUGUUAUUGACAUGGACACUAUUGAGCUCUCCAACCUCAAUCGACAGUUUCUCUUCCGGCCGGAGGAUAUAGGCAAAAGCAAAGCGGAAGUGGCGGCCAGAGCCAUCAUUGCUCGUAUCGGGGAUGACAACUUGAAAAUAACACCGUAUUUCGGAAAGAUCCAGGAUAAACCCAGGGAAUACUAUCGUCAAUUCAGCGUGGUGAUCAGUGGAUUGGACUCCAUUGAGGCAAGACGGUGGAUUAACGCUACGUUGAUGGCCUUGGUUGAUGAAGAAACCUUGGUUCCGUUGAUAGACGGAGGAACUGAGGGGUUACGGGGCCAAUCAAGGGUGAUACUCCCCACUAUAAGCCUGUGUUUUGAGUGUUCAUUGGAUUUACUCUCCCCAAAAGUCACAUAUCCCGUAUGUACCAUUGCCAAUACGCCACGACUCCCAGAACAUUGCAUCGAAUGGGCAAAUCAGUUACAAUGGCCGAGACAUUUUCCCGAUAGAAAGUUUGAUGCAGAUAACCCUGAUGAUGUCGAUUGGAUGUAUCAGAUGGCGAAAACUCGUGCGGAUGAGUUUAAGAUUGAAGGAGUAACGAGACUGUUGACAUUGGGCGUGGUCAAGAAUAUCAUUCCGGCAAUUGCAAGUACAAAUGCCGUGAUUGCUGCUAGUUGCUGCAAUGAAGCAUUCAAGUUUGUCACUAACUCCAAUCCAUUAUUGAAUAACUACAUGAUGUAUUCUGGCGAUGAAUCGAUUUUCACAUAUACCUAUCCAUACGCUAAAAAGGAUAAUUGUCCUGUGUGUGGGAACAUGCCUAAAUGGGUCAAAGCUGAGAGAUGGUGGACUCUUGAUCAGUUUAUUGAAGAAUUAUCUACCAAACAAGAAGUGCAAAUGACUAGACCUUCGUUGACUACAUCACUGCGAUAUUUGUAUUUGAGUAAUCCUGAAGAGUUGGAGAAAUUAACGAGAACUAAUUUAUCCAAGAAAUUAUCGGAUUUGUUAGCACCUGGUGAAGAGAUUGUGGUUACUGAUCCCAAAUUACCUAUUUCUAUGAAGGUUCUUGUUGAAUUUGUAGGAUCAGAAGUAGAUCCGGAAUUUAUUAAUAAAUAG